CCCGUCAUCCUGGAGUACCUGGAUGGACGACGACAGCCGACGUCGACAUCAAUCGAUACGACCACAACCGCAACCGCCGGCAGGCUUCGACAUUCCCUACCGACGCUAAUACAAACACACAUUUCAGAAGAUUUACUCAAGUUAUUGCCAGUCACUCAAGUUUCUAUCGUUGCAUAGCCCUCGUUCCCCGACCGAUACCUGACCCAGCCUAUCAUGGCAACUUCCCAAGCAGACGCUAGGGACCGUCAGUUCCUGGCUGUAAUUGGAGACGAGGACUCCGUCACGGGACUCCUCCUUGCAGGCAUUGGCCACGUUACGGCUCCCCCAGAUUCGCAAAAGAACUUUCUUGUGGUGGACAACAAGACGGAUAACGCUGCUAUCGAGGCGGCCUUUGACCGCUUCACAACCGAGAGGAAGGACAUUGGCAUUGUUUUGAUUAACCAACAUAUCGCUGAUAGGAUACGACACCGAGUCGACACUCAUACCGCGGCCUUCCCUACCGUUCUCGAGAUCCCGAGCAAAGACCACCCUUACGACCCUGAGAAGGACAGUGUUCUCCGCAGAGUCCGUCGUCUGUUUGGUGAAUAAACGUGUUUGGCCAGUUUAGCAUGGACAUAACAAACGGGGAAUGAUACGCCACGAUGGAAGGAAUGGAAGCAGUCAGGUUCAUGGGGGCAUAGCGGAAUCAAUGUGCCCACGACAUCACAGCGGCGGCGCGCAAUGCGGGGAACUCAGAAUACCUAUAAAGAAGCAGAACGACGGGAAUGUUUCCUCAGAUAUGUUCACGCCUAAGCAUGCUUAAAGGCAGAAACAGUCUCAAAAACCAACUACUAAACGCGAAAAACUCCAGUACUACCAAAGCAAAACCCAUACAAAUGCUGUUGCCGUGCAAGUGCCAUCAUCCGAUUCGGUGCCAAGAAUGAGUUCAUUAAUCC